GUGAGCAAUAAUAUUACUCGUUUUCUUGAAAGAAUAAAUAGAAGUAAUUAAAAAGGAAAAGAAAGAAAAGGGUGUAUAUAUUUAUUCAGAAAAAAAUAUUUAUUUAAAUCCAGAACUUUUCUUUAAUGAGACGAUGAAACGUGAUCUAGCUGGUUUUCUAAAUUUCUACAUCAUUCGUUUAUGGCGUAAUUUAUUUUUGUAAGCAUGAAUUGAGUGAUGGAAUUGGAGGGAUUAAUCAAGUCUUGAACAUAAAGGUAUGCUUUUUCCGUCUAAUCUGGUUGGUUUUUUAUAUGCAUGUCGAUUUUGCUUCUUCCUUUUCGAGAAAAGUUCAAUCUUUUCGUGGUUGCAAUCUUAGCCACCCGGAUCUAAUCUGGUAGUACAAUUUUUGGACCCUUUUGCUUGCUUCAUGGAAACUUCCCUCCCUCUCUCGUUAAAGUCUCGUGACGUAGAAACAGACAACCAAGUGUUGUACAAGCUUCUGUUAAAUUGAAAUAUACUAUAUGGAAACACAUCAGCGGAUUAGUAGACGCAAUUUUGGUGUUAAGUAUUGGAAUUAAUCUAUAAUUAAUGAGAUGAGGAGAUCAAUGUGUAUGCUUGUUGUGUGGAAGCAUCAUUUUAGCUAUAAAUUUGAAUGUUGCCAUCAAAAGUGAAGGGAAUCCAAGGAAUAAGGUGGCUUAUAGUUGAAGUUGCUAAAGUUGGAAUAUAUUCCCAAAAAUUUGAAAUCUAGUGUGUUUUGGUGCAAUAGCGUGAGAUGAAUAUCCUUACCAAAUUAAGCUGUGAAAAAUCUAGAUUUGUUUUAUGAGCUUCGCAACUACAUAUCAUAUGGCAGGAUGAUUUUGGGAGUUUGAUGUGAGGUGAAAGCUGUUGUGCAAAAUGGCCCUUUUGGAUCUAUUCACGGCGUCGUCUGUUCCUGUGGUGAAAGUGCUUCUGGUGACUGCGUUGGGGUCGUAUCUUGCAGUGGACCGCGUAAACAUUCUGGGAGAUGAUGCUAGGAAGCAUUUGAACAAUAUUACGUUCUUCGUAUUUAAUCCAGCACUUGUCUACAGUAACUUAGCCAGCACAUUAACAUUUGAAAGCAUGGUUGAGUUGUGGUUCAUGCCCUUUAAUAUCCUCUUCACAUUCAUAAUUGGUUCUGCACUCGGUUGGGUGGUCAUUCAAUUUACAAGACCUCCUUCACAUCUCCAUGGACUCAUUAUAGGUUGUUGCGCUGCAGGAAACUUGGGAAACCUGCUUCUGAUCAUAAUCCCAGCAGUGUGUAAAGAGAGAGGAAGCCCGUUUGGGGAUGGUGACACUUGUGUCAAAUAUGGAAUGGCAUAUGCUUCGCUCUCGAUGGCAACCGGAGCAAUAUAUCUUUGGUCCUAUGUGUAUAAUAUCGUUAGAGUGUCCUCAAGUCGGAGCUCAAGGGAAGUCGAGAUUAUUGACUCUCCCACCCAUACGUCUUCAAGAGAGGGCUCCCCGUCUUCGUCUGGGAAGAGUUUGACAGAUCCUUUACUCUCUUCGAGUGUUUUGAUUGAAACAGAAGACCAUGAAAAGGGAUUAGGACAGCUGCAAGAUAGAUUCGAGAGCAAGCCCCAGGUUUGUCUAACGGAUAAAAUAAAGCAAAGAUUGGGGUCAGUUUUCAGUAAGAUGAACUUGAAGAAGAUCUUAGCUCCAUCAACGACAGGAGCGUUUGUUGGAUUUGUAGUGGGACUGGUGCCACAAAUUCGAGGACUGCUAAUCGGUGAUGCAGCUCCUUUCCAUGUAAUCCAAGACACUGCCCUUCUGGUCGGGGAUGGAGCGAUUCCAGCUGUCACGUUGGUCAUGGGAGGAAACCUUUUAAGAGGUUUAAAAGGUUCGGGAAUUCAGAAGUCUGUUAUUUUCGGUGUUCUAGCUGUCCGAUACGUUGCCCUGCCGCUGGUAGGCAUUGCAGUCGUUAAAGGGGCGCUUCGGUUGGGUUUAGUGCAUGAUAAUCCACUGUAUGAGUUUGUUCUCCUGCUGCAGUUUGCCCUUCCACCUGCAAUGAACAUCGGAACAAUAACUCAAUUGUUUGGUGCUGGUGAGAUGGAAUGCUCUGUGAUUAUGCUGUGGUGUUACUCAUUGGCUUCUGUUGCUCUCACUCUAUGGUCAACACUUUUCCUAUGGCUCGUCUCUUCUUGAGCGCAAUCAUCGCGCAACUUGUGUUUAUGCAUUGGUGCACAACUUCUUUCGAUCGUUUAACAAACAUUCUCAUACUAUAGAAUCUGCAGGUUAGCUCUUGUUUUUGAAUUAGCUUCUAGGUGUGCUAGAGAAUCAGUGAUUAGUGCUUAUUGAUUUUGAACUGUGUAGUAGAUGUAAUAGAUAGAAUCAGUGAUUAGUACUUAUUGAUUUUGAACUGUAGGUGUAAUAGAUAUUGAUGAUGAUUUUGUAAUAGAUCAAAUUCAUUUGUACAA